GACGAAAACCCAACGGAGUACUAGUUUUGCACUCUCACUACGCACAAAACACACUCCCAUCUCGCCACCGUAACGAAAACUAAAACCCCACUUCCUCCGCUAGGGUUCUUCCCCAAACCCUACCAAUGGACGCCGACGAUUCCUCCUCCUCUGCUCUCGAAACCUUCGCCAAUGUCGACGACGACAAUAACCAAACCAACCACCGUCAAAUCAUCAGCGCGUCAGACCAACUCGACAUCGAGGCAUACAUUAGCCUCUACUCCGGCCGGACCAGAAUCUCCCGUCUCCUCUUCAUCGCCGAUCACUGUGGCGGCAAUAACACAAUGCAGUUGGAGGCGCUUCGCUUGGCUUUCGAUGAAAUCAAGAAGGGAGAAGACACUUUUCUCAUGAGGGAAAUCGUUAAGAAGAUUAAUGGUCGUUUGGGUUCUGGUUAUGCCCUAGAUGAGGCUUGGUGUGAUGCUAUUGAGAAGAAAGCGGAGCUGAAGAAGGAGAAGCUUGACUCUGAGCUUAAUUCCUAUAGGACGAACUUGAUUAAAGAGAGUAUAAGAAUGGGGUACAAUGAUUUUGGAGAUUUUUACUAUGCUCAUGGCCAAUUGGGGGAAGCUUUUAAGAAUUACAUUCGGACCCGGGAUUAUUGCACUACAUCGAAGCAUGCUAUUCAUAUGUCUCUGAAUGCGAUUCUGGUCAGCAUUGAGAUGGGUCAGUAUCCCCAUAUUAGCACCCAUGUUAGCAAGGCAGAAGCGGUUCUGGACCCCCUUGACACAAUAACAGCUGCAAAGCUACGUUGUGCUGCUGGGUUGUCAAAUCUGUUUUCCAGAAAGUACAAGUUUGCUGCUCGAAAGUUUAUAGAGACUAGCCCCGAACUAGGUAGUCAGUACAAUGAAGUGAUUUCAUCCCAGGAUGUUGCAAUGUAUGGAGGACUUUGCGCUCUUGCUACAUUUGAUCGGACAGAGUUAAAGAACAAAGUUAUAGACAAUACUGUCUUCAGGAAUUUCUUAGAGUUAGUGCCGGAAGUAAGGGAGCUUAUAAAUGAUUUUUACUCAAGCCGUUAUGCCUUGUGUCUGGAGUACCUAGGGAACCUAAAAUCAAACUUGUUGCUGGACAUACAUUUGCAUCCUCAUGUUGAGUCACUUUAUGAUCAAAUCCGCCAAAAAGCCCUUAUCCAGUACACACACCCAUUUGUGUCUGUUGAUUUGAACAUGAUGGCUAAUGCAUUCAAGACAACUGUUGCUGGACUUCAGAAAGAACUCGAGAGUUUGAUUACUGAUAAUCAGAUACAGGCACGAAUUGAUUCACACAACAAGGUUUUGUAUGCACGACAUGAUGAUCUAAGGAAUGCUACCUUUCAAAGGGCUCUAGAAAAUGGAAGGGAUUUUGAUCGAGAUCUUCAGUCUAUGUUCCUGAGAUCCUGUCUCCUUAAGUAUGAGUGCAGCAAGUCAAGAAUUAGGAGACUGUGAUCAUGGAUUUAUCAUAACUGGACCAAGUUUUUUUGUUUGUUUUGAUUCAUAGGCAUUGACAUAGAUUGAGGUUCUAUACUGAAGUUAGAGGAGUAUUGCUUUGCCUAUUCCUUGAUUGUCAAGGCGGCAAACGUACAUUUGUGCAGAGCGUUACCAACUUAUUAUGGCGUACUUGCAUUUGGUGUCUAGUUUUGAGCAGGGAUGUUUAUAUCCAAAUCAAUCCAAAUAUAAAAUGCAACUGAUCUAAAUUUUGAAAA